CGCCAAGGCGUCGUGGCGUCGGGCGCCUGGGACGUGGCGUCAACGGCCCCAUCCGGCGCCGGCGGCGGGUGCCCGGCGGUCUUUGCUGCCGCCCGGGGGCGCAGAGGCCGGGCCUUUUCUUUCAGCACAAACGUCGGUUUGUAAAAGGGUGGGGCUGGAGUCUGAGGAGUUUUCAGGCUUCCGUCUCGAAGGAAGUCUGGCAGGCUCGGAAUUGUCAUCUUCCUCAGGCAAAUAGUUUUUCACCUUAGAGCCAGCAAGGCCAAACCGCCCAGUCACCCGACUUCCCACAGUCUCAGCAGGGAGGAAUAAGUUUUUUUCAUCUGUAAUUUGGAAGCCAAGUCAGUAACAAAAUGAAACCAGUAAAGCAUCUGUUGACCACCAGUAACAAAUCGGCAAAUGUUCCAGCAUUAACUACUAAAAAAGGACUACAUAAUUUACCAUUAUCACCUGAACUAAAGGAAAAACAUAAUGCAAAAUUAAUUCAUGAUAAAAUUGAACCAAUGGUCCUAAGAUCUCCGCCAACAGGAGAAUCCAUUUUACGGUAUGCUUUGCCCAUUCCAUCGAGUAAGACAAAGAACUUACUACCAGAAGAUGAAAUGAUCGGAAAAAUUAUCAAACAUCUGAAGAUGGUUGUUUCCACUUUGGAAGAAACCUAUGGACAUUGCGAUCAGAAUGGAGAAGAACCAUUUGUAAAGCAUGAACAUGAAGAAUUAUCUUUAUCUGUUGGGGAUGAUAUGAAUUCAUUCUUGACAUAUUGUUCGCAAUUUGCAGCUCAGCUAGAAGAAGCACUUAAAGAAGAACAAAAUAUUUUGGAAUCUCUUUUUAAGUGGUUUCAGUGGCAGGUCAAUCAGAUGGAAGAAAUAAGUAAAGAUCAAACUCUUUUACAAGCAGAGCCUCCAAAACCUGACAAAACAGCCAUUUUAAAUAUUGCAGAAAUAGUAAGGCUUGUACAAAGAUUUGAAGAACUGAAGAAUCGCCUUAAACAGAGGUCUAAAUCCUCCGUGAAAGUCAUGUUGUCUAAAAUUAUGGAUAAAGAAAAUCGACCAGAAACAAUGAAAAGUUGUGAAGCUCUGGCACAGAAAAUUGAAGAAUUCAUAGAAGCCCACUCAACUGAUGAAUUUAAAGAUGUUUCUGCAACAGAACCACAAACUGCUCAUUCAAUGACUAAUCGAUUUAAUGCCAUGUUGAAAGUAUUUGAAAACCAGGCAAAUAUGUUGGAGAGAGCUGUAAAUGAUCAAGUUUUGUUAGAUGCUGAAUACAAACAGAUGCAACGUGAUUUUCAGUUGUUAUCAGAAGAGAAGUUGGUGCUGGAAAAUGAACUACAAAAGUUGAAGGACAAAGAGAAAACUAAGCCUACAAAUAAUCGAACAAAGAAAGCUGUGAAAACAGUGAAGAAAAAAGACAAAGGAAAAUCUGAGGAUUCAGAAAAGAAGAUGUCUCCAGAAAAAGAGUUUAAAAUAAAAGAAGAUUUGGAUCAAGUACAGAAAGUAGCACGUCUGGAAAUUGAGAACAAAGUCCUUCAGGAGCAAUUGAAACAGGCUUUACAGGAAGCUGAAAAAGCUAAGCAUCAACUUAACUAUUUCCUAAAUCAAGAGAAGAAGUUACUUAAAAGUGAGGGGAAAACUGAGACAACAAUGCUAGUGGGUAAUAGUCAAACUAAAGUUAAAGGUGAAGAUUCAAAAAAUAUACCAUUGGAGAAAGAAACAAGAAAAUCACUGGUUUCAGAUUCAGGUGGACAAAGGACAAGUGAUAAAAUCCAAGAAUAUCCACAGAUCACUGCCCAAAGCGGAAGACUGAUUGAAAAGAGAUCCUAAUAGAGUUUCUGAAAUACUUUGGAAAAGUCUCCCAAACCUUCAGAGAGUGGAUGGGAGCGAAGUAAGGAGACCCCACCUGAGCAGAUACAUGGUAUUGCUUACAAUAAAGUACAUUUUUGCUCUUUACAACAUUUAUCAGUUUAUUUUGGCUUAGGGAAUGAGUUAGUGGUGAAUAGUUAAUCAAACAAUAGAUUUAAAUAAUUUAUUGUUUCACAUCAUGUGCGUUGUUAGCUUUUCUUAAAUGUUUUGUGGCAUUGAAAUUCACACUUUUUAGAAAUGAAAAUGUGAACUAAUUCAUGGUGUUUUAUUUUGAAGAGUUACACAGUCAACCUAUUUCUUUCUAAAUACUUUCAUUAGGACUUUCAUUAUUACUUGGGUUUGCUAUCAAGCACGAAAACAUACAAGAGAAGAGUGUUGGAACAUGUCCAUUUUUCUUCUCCAUAGAUUAGAUGAUUAGCUGUUAAAUUUACUCAUUCAUUUAUUCACCCACCUCAUUCAACAGAUACUUUUGUCACCUUCAUAUGUCCAGUUCUCUUUUGGGUAUUGUGUUUUACUGAAAAAUGAGACAGAUAAGAUGCCUUCUCUUGUGGUACUUAUAACAGGAGAGACAAAAAAUAAACAAGUAAAAAUAAAUGAACAAGAUAAUUUUAGAGACUAAUACAUGGAGAUAAUGAAACUACAUAUCUGACAGUCACAGGGAAGGACAAUGUAGAUUGGGUGGUCAAGGAAGGUAUUAACAAUGAAGAAAAGGCAUUAUCUAAUUGUGAAAUAAAAGCUGUUAAAAUAUUUUGUUUCUUUUCAAUUUUUAUCAAAAUAAAUUUCUGCAAAUGAAAAUUUAUGUUAUAACUAAAAGAUCUAGACUAGAGGAGCUUUUAAUAUCCUCAGUUAACUGUUAUACAAGGGGCAUAUUACUAGUGACCCAAAUAGUACACAUAAGGUAGAUUUUAUAGAGGAAACCUUGCAAUCCAGGAAGCAAUAGAGGAUACAAUAUCCCCUGAGCUGUCAUUAUUCCAUAGAGAAAUAGACUUAGAUUAAGCAAAGCUGGAUUCACCAUAGAAGAUGCUCCUGAGAGGAACCCCCUUCUCACAUAUCACUUCACAAAAUUGUAGGGGCAUUGGGAGGGCAUAGAGAGCACCUAGUCAACCAUGUAUCACUGAGAGCUUCCUGGUUGGGGCAAUGGCCUUGUUGGAAAAAGGGAGAAGGGAGUAUGUACUUUGUAUACCAAUGUAGCUGGUAUCAGUGAGUCAAACAGUCCUGGUGAGCCAGCUCUGUGAAACCACAAAAAGAGGGAAGAAAGAGAAUCACCGGGACCAUCCGAAAAUAAAGAUUUGUCUCACUGCUGUCUAUCCUUUGAUCGUAGAGACUCAUUAUUAUAGAUCUCUCCAUCAGCCCUGGCUGACACCUGGUUCUGAGCAUACCAAUUUCCUUAGUAUUGUCUGGGAGAAGAAUAUUAGUAAGGUCACCAGCUGGGUUAGAUGAGGAUGUAGAACCAACAUCCUAAUAAGUUCACAUUAUGAACUCUUUUUCCUGGCCAAGUACAGAAACCUUUGUUUAGGAAUGUCUGUUCCAUAUCUGCCAUAGGAAAGAGAAAGUCGUUCAUCACCUCCCUUGAACAUCCAUCUCCAACCAUUUCCCAGGGUCAGAUAUGUUCACAUCUGACAAACAGAUCUGUUUUUCUCCAUGGGGAUGAGCCAGAUUGUCCUUUGUCUGGAAUGAUAGUUCAGUGGGGACCCCAAAGUUACCAUUUUGCCAUCAUAGGUCACCUGCAGGUUUCAAAGAGGAUGUCUGCAGCACCAUCUGAUGCUUUUAAAUGAGCAAUAUGUUGUGUGUUCCCAUGCACUGAGGUCAAAGCAAAGGGGGUUAAAAAAAAAAAAAGAAAAGGAGUAUACUAUUCCUUUUGAAAUGAUAUUUUUCUCUACUCCCUAACUUCUAGGUGCUUUGGAGUUUAACCAUGGUAAGAGGGGCCCUUGCUUGGUAUGGUAGCCUAUAGCUUGUAAACAAUUAGGGAAAAGUGGACUGACAAGCCUCGUGGAGGUUGUUUUCAAAGAGGCUGCCUUAAGUGGCAAGUAGAACAAGCCUGAUGGACAACAGUGGCCUGUGUGUCUUUUUUUUUUUUUUUUUUUUUGAGAUAGGGUAUCACUUUGUCCCCUAGGCUGGAGUGCAGUGGCACCAUCAUGGCUUACUGCAUCUUCAACCUCCCACACUGAAGCCAUCCUCCCACCUUAGCCGUCUGAUUGGCGGGGACCACAGGCAUGCAUCACCAUGCCCAGCCAAUUGUUUUAUUUUUUAUAGAAACGCAGUCUCCCUGUGUUGCCCAGGCUGGUCUAGAACUCCUGGACUCAGGGACUUUUUGCACCUCAGCUUCCUAAAGACUUCUAUGUCUUUUGAAUAAAUUCCUUAUUGGCCAUUGUGUUCCUUCAUAGCGGGAUGGAUUUGAACAAUGAACAGGGACCCAAGACUAUACUGGAAAUGAUGGUUACACAUUCUUAAUUGGCUUUUUCAUGUCACAUGUUUUCCUUUAGAUUCAGUUCUUUCUCAUGGACCUAUAAACAUAGAAUAUAAGAAUUGAGCUUGUGACUAAGUUGUUGUAACUAUUUCCUUGGGCAAAGGUUACCUCAGAAAAGCAUGUGUAAAGAGUUCUGUUGGCCAGGCGUGGUGGCUCAUGCCUGUAAUCCCAGCAUUUUGGGGAGGCUGAGGCAGGCAGAUCACGAGGUCAGGAGUUCAAGACCAGCCUGGCCAAUAUGGUGAAACCCCAUCUCUACUAAAAAUACAAAAAUUAGCUGGGCAUGGUUGCGCGCGCCUGUAGUCCCAGCUACUUAGGAGGCUGAGGCAGAGGAAUCACUUGAACCUGGGAGGCGGAGGUUGCAGUGAGCUGAGAUCAUGCCACUGGGUGACAGAGCGAGACUCCAUCUCAAAAAUAAAAUAAAAUAAAAUAAAAUAAAGAGUUCUGUCCUAGAGAACCCAAUAGCCUGACAGUGUAACUAGGCUCAUUACUAAUGGCUCAUUAGUCUUUAUAAUAGUGCAAUUCAGUCAAUCUGAGGAGAUUGUGCUCUAUGGCCAUGAAGAAUGCCUGAAGUUUACCCAGUUUUGAAGAAUGUCCAAUACCAUGGGAUCUCAAUAACUCACCAUCAUUAUGGUGAAGGAAUGUAUCACUCCAUAAGAUUUUAUGACCUUUGAGAGAGGCUUUUCCAUUAGUGAAUCAUGCUUUCUUGUCAGGUGGCAAAUCUUUCAGGCAAGUGCCUUACUGAGUCAAUGGCUUGUUUAAAACAGCAGAGGGAUCUCUGUGCCUGUGAGUGUAAGGCCAUAUUUUAUGAAUUUGUCUAAGGUCUAAUUGAUUGGAUGUGCUAUAUCCCCCUUUUAAUAGAAUUUUCCUGGGCAUGUACCACCUUAUCAGAUUUUGGAUUAGAGAAGACCCAUAAUGGGAUAGGAAUGUCGGGUUGAAGAGUGAGAAAAGUCUGCCCCAUUAGGGCUCAGUAAUAGGCUAGCAGUCACUGGCAUGUGCCACUCAGCAGGAGAAGAAAAUCAUUUCAUCCAAAGAUGUAGGAAAUGACAAAUAACUGGAAGUAUUUUUGCCAAAAGCUUCCGUCAGAAAAUGGUUUCUUACAGGUAUGUGUAAUCCCAUGAGUUUGAAAUAUACGGCAAAAUCUAAAGUUAGAACUUGUUUUUAGGAUGCCUAGACCUCUUCCAAGGCAUGUUAAUAUAUGGGCUUCUAUUUAAAAUUAGUUGCAUUGAUAUAGUGCUUUGAAGAAUCACCAGGUGUAAAAUGUGAUAUCACCGCUACCUAACAAGGAAAAUCGUUUGUGGUUGGGACUGGAGGCCCGAUAAAUUUUCCUUUAAAGCAGCAGUUUCCUGCCUUUUUAGCACCAGGGACCAGUUUCAUGGAAGACUCCACGGACCAGGAUGGAGGGGGUGGUUUCAGGAUGAUUCAAGCACAUUACCUUUAUUGUACACUUUAUUAUUAUUAUUAUUAUUUCAUUAUAAUAUAUAAUGAAAUAAUUAUACAACUCACCUUAAUGUAGAGUCAGUGGGAGCCCUGAGCUUGUUUUCCUGCAACUAGAUGGUCCCAUCUGGGGGUGAUGGGAGACAGUGACAGAUCAUCAGAUAUUAGGUUCUCGUAAGGAGCACGCAACCUAGAUCCCUCACAUGUGAAGUUAACAAUAGGAUUUGUGCUCCUAUGAGAAUCUAAUGCGGCUGCUGAUCUGACAGGAGGUGGAGCUCAGGUGAUAAUGCAAGCGAUGGGAGAGUGGCUGUAAAUACAGAGGAAGCUUUGCUUGCUCACUCGCCACUCACCUCCUGUUGUGUUGCCCAGUUCCUAACAGGCCAUGGACUGGUACCAGUUUGUGGUCCAGGGGUUGGGGAUGCCUGCUUUAAGUGAUAUAGAAUGUAUCUUUUUGAUGCUGUCCAGAUGAUGACUGCCUUCUCCAAAUUUAUCUGAAUAACAGGGCCCUGGAUCAUUUAAAGUUAUCUUUAAUCAGGUAUGCCUAGACAACAUGUAAUGUUUCUUCGGUGUUGAUCACAGUCAUCAGUGUGAUAUAAUAUCUGGAGAUUCUAGCAAUGCACAUUUUACUGGGUUUUGUCCCACACGGAAAAUGUGUAACAGGAAUUAAAACAUUCUCAAGAAGGAUUAUUAAAGGUAUAUGUACUAAUCUUGGCAUAUCUUGCCAAAUCCUCAGCUACAUAUGUGUGUCAGUAUGUGUGCUGCCACUGCAGCAAUUUAUUCUAUAGCUUGUGUAAUGACAGAGACUGGAGUAAGUAGAGCUGUUUCUUUCCUUGUUUAAGUUUCAGUAGUCCACUAUGGAGUGUCUAGUACUAGUUUUUUUUUUUUCUUAACCAAACAGACUAGCAUUGCAUAGUGCAUCGAUUAUAUUUUGUUUGAAAAAUAUUUUUAUGUUUCCUGUAUGAAGUAUUAUGGAAUGAUCUUGCCAGUUCAGACAGGUUUUCACCAUGUGCUUGGCCAGCCAUUAUGGAGGUUAUCAAUAGAUAAUUAUCCAACUAAUAUGGCUGUGUACCUGUUCUCAGUUUAAUAAUUCAGAAUGUCCUUAUCAAUUAUAUAAUCUGAGAAAGAAACAGCAAACAGUAUUAAUAUAGAGUACAAAAAUAGUAGCCUUGUGUGUUUGGGUUCCCCAAGACUACUCCCCUAACUAGGAGAGCUCACAGCACUCAUCAAAUAGUCAUUACGAUGACCAUGAUUUAUUACAUAAGAAGGAUGCAAAGCAAAAUGAGCAAAGGGAAAAUGUGCAUGGUAAAAAUCCAAAAGAAACAUCCUACUUAAUCUGAGAUUAUGGUGUCCCGUAAUUCCAUAGCUACCUGAUCACUAUAGCCGUUCUCACUGAGAACAAGCAAUUUGUUCUUUCUUGAGUUUUUAAGACUAUAUAAGAUAUGGACACUGAGAUAUUGGCCAUUUCAACUUAGUAGUUUGUCUGGUAUAAGGCUUCCAAUGGGGUUAUUUCCCACUUCAGUGGUAGCCCAAACUCUGUUUUUCAAAAGCUGUAACAUACACGAGUCACAUACCACUAGCUACACAUAACAAGGUUUAUUGAGAAAAACUUACAAGCAGAAUAGGGAGCAGAGCACAUUGCAAUAUUGCAGUUAUCAAUGAAGGACCUUGAGAGUCUCUGCCAAGCUACCAAGUAGGGAAGGGAGAUAUUAACCGAGGCCAUUCAGAAACAUGUUUGUCAUUCUCAUUAACUGAUAACUUUUUUUUUCUAGUAAGAGAAUAGUUUUUCUUUUAUCCUAUAUAAUUUCCCCAUAGUUUGAGUUCCAUUUCUGAUUAUUUCAGUAAUAGCAUUGCUGGUGGAGCUAGAUGUAGCUAGGCAACAUUGUCAGCAUAAGAAUUAUUUAUACAUUUACAGACUAUUUCUAAGCAGUCCAUCACCCUAAUUUUCUUUAAGUUAAUAAUUUCAAGUGUUUUAACCUUUUAUCUUUUCCAGGCUCUUAGUCAUCUUGGACUUUUACUGAACCUUUAAAACUUUUUGACUUUCUUUUCAGUUGAGGAGCCUAAAACUAGUCACUAUGAAUAUUUUGAUCAACAUUAAUUGUAUUGUAUUAUAAAAACUAUCAAAAUAUUUAUAACUUUUGACUUUUAUAACACCUAUAUUGAAAUUUUUCUAUAAAAUUGAUUUUUAGAAUCAUGUUAGUUUGUACUGUAUUACAAGCUUCGGGUCCUAGAUAUUUUUGUUUUUCUUGUAUAUAGGAAUGAGUUCCACAUCUUGUAUUAUUGCAGAUAAGAAUAUCAAUAAUAUUUUAUUAGUAUUUUAUUGAUAAUUUGUCUCGUAUUUGCAUUGACAAUUAAAAAUUCAGUGUAACAUCAAUACCUGUGAGAGUUUUUUUCCCUAAGGGGAGAGGAUAUGGAUUGGGGGUUGUGUUGACGUUUUAGAAAAUGGAUGGAGUUAAGGAAAGUUCCGGAAAAGGAAAGUAUUGGAAAGAAAAAAAAAAAUAAAGAGGGCAGUUUGAAAAAUAAGGUAUUAGAAAGAAAAAAAAUAAAGAGGGCAGUUUG